ACAGUAAGUCACGCGACAUUCGAAGCGAUUUUACUGUGCUCUUGGAAACCUGUUAACUUGUGCGGCAGAACUUUAUCCUACCCUGAGGGGUAGUGAGGGUGGAAUGUAUGACUUAGCAUACAUACUUUUCUUCGAUUAGCUGAUGACCUACGUUUUACACUAUCACCGUAAAACAAGGUUUCUAGAGUUUACUUUCUUUACUGAUCUUUCGAAAUUUCAGAAAUUUUGGUCUUUAGAAACGGAUUUAUUUUUUAAAGAAAACUGCAUGCGCGGAACUUGUGGAUGUAUUUAUACCGCUGACGUAACGUCCAUAGUAACGCAAAGGCCAAGAGAGAUCGAAUCUAUUGUUACAUCUUUGCUAAACUUUUUUCCUGUUGCCGGAGAAUCACCACCUCAUAGGCUUGUCUUUUUGGACAUUGAAGUCAAUGUAGGAAGGUAACAGUCAGCGUCGAAAAGGUAUUUGUCCAAAAGAAAAGCGGAGCUGUGGGUCCUCGGAAAAUCAAGAUGGCAAGUGCUUUGGAGACUACAAGUCCAAACUUGUCCUACCCAACUGGUGCUGAAGAUGUCUUUGAUCAUGAAAUAACAUUGCUAGAGGUGAACGUAAUGAGGCACUUAUCAUUGAUGCGGUCUGGUUCACGGCGACCUCUCUCAGUAGAUGAUAGUGUUGCCGCAGAAGAAUAUUUGACCAACUCUCCUCGAUUUAGGGACUCCGGCUUUUUCUCACCAUUAUCACAGUCAUCCAGUUCAUUUUCCAGUAGUGAUCAAACUUGGAUAUCACCACCUCCUUCAUUGUGGCAUUGUAGUACACCAGAGCCUACAACAAAGAAACAAUUGUCUUUCUUCCCAGCAGCCCCAUACCAGGGUGUUUCCUCUUACCCUUCCAUGGAAUCUAUAUUUGGUGACAUACAUGAAGAUAUUGGUGUAUCUUGGAAAAAACUUGGACGUUAUAUGCUGACAAGAGAAUGCAUUCUCGAUAACAUUGAUGAAGAUUUCAAGGGUGUUGGAGAGAAAGCAUACCAGUUUCUUUUGAAAUGGAAAGCAGAGGUUGGAGAAGCUGCUACUCCUCAAGAGCUGUUUUUAGCAGUGCUGCAUAUCAAACGCACAGAUGUUGCCAAGAAGUUGAUGACUUUGGUUCCUUCUCUUCAAAUCUUGUCACAUUUAGUGGUAGACAGUAUUAUUGGCAGUGACAGCAUCCUAUAUAACUGGAAGGAAGAACCAGAGAAUUUCAAAGUGGAGAGGGUGUUGAGUGAAGAUAAAAAGGUUCUUGUGUGUUCAAGCACAGUGACAUCCCAAAGGUUGGUCCUUAAACAAGAAGAAGGUCAAGUGAAGGCUUAUGCUGUGAGAAAGUGCAUAGAUUGUCAGGCACUGAGUAGACAAAGCCAGCGUUUACGUAAAACUGAAGAAUUCCUCAAAGACUUGCAAAUGAAGCAAAAGAUGAUACAAGAUCUGCUUGGUGUCAUCAAACAACUCCAGAACCACUUGCUGAAUCAGCACCAGUACAUCUCUGGACAAAAUUUCAGCUGUCAGAACUGUGGACAGUACACGAUGAAACAAGACCUUGUUCAAAAAGAGUUAACUCUUUUACAUCAUGAACUGGAAAGGAUGAGCCAAAACAGAAGCAGGCGAAUCUCAUUCAGUGGUAUUCCCUCUGAGAGAAUCUACAACUUGGCAACUAGGACUUAUACUGUCUGCGAAGAGCAUAGGGAAAUGCACUUGCGUAGUAAGAGACGGCAAAGCAUGUGUCAGCAUUCUGAGGAAACAAUUGACUCUGAUGAGAAUGAUCACAUUGAAGGACCAUUGCUAUGUGCAUUAAAUGUGAUAAUCGGUAUUGGUAGAAGGCGAAAAGUUACUCAGUCUUUGAUAACCAAGAAAACCACUAGUGGGACAAAGAAAAAGCUAACAAAGGCCAACAGUAAUCCUAUUUCCUCAUCAUCAUCAUCAUCGUCAUCGCCAUCGCCAUUCUCAAGACAAAGCUACUUACUAGCGCAAGAAAAUCCCAUAAUGAUGCCAAGUUUUGUUCGCUCACCUGACUGGUCCGGUGUCCCAGCAUUUAAGCUGUCAUCUGACUUCAAGAGUCCAGUCUCUAGUGGGAACUCUGGGCAGCAGGAUCAACUCGACCACAGAAAAGCAUAUCCAGACCUUGCGGUUCCUUCAUGUAGCGAUGAUCAUGAUGAGUUGCUUCCUCUGAAGUGGCAUAAUGAUCCAGAAUCAGAAGAGAUGAUUAUUUAGGUGACUCAUGGAAGGAAGAGCUCUGUCGUCAGCUGUGAAAUUUCACGCUCCCUAUGUAUAAUAUCUACAUGGAUAGUCAACUGACGUACAUAUCUUUGUUUUUAUUGGUUAUGAUAUGUAAGGUUAUGUAGUAAAUGUCUGUUGUAGAUAUUUGUUUCAUUAGUUAAGGUAGUGUUCUUCUGUUGUAUAUGAAGAUUUUCAUUAGUUUUGUAGCAAAAGUUACUUGAAUCUUUUGUAGGAACUUAGAAAUAUCUUUAUUACGCCCUAUUUUGUGUCGCUAGUGCAGUAGAUAGCAAAUUUGUUCUUAUAGGGGCACUAGUGAACUGAAAGAACGAUAGUAGCAGUAGCAGUAGCAGUAGUAAUGACUGUAAAGUUUUAUAUUUAUGGAACGGCAAAACAUACUUAAAUCUGUUCGUUAAACAAACCAAUCCAAAAUAAUUUGAAUUUUACCGUAAUUUUUAAUUGUACAUGUAUUUGUGUAAUUCCUCCAAUUUAAGUGAGCACUCACCAGAACAUUAUCCUACUCAAGAGAGACUUUUAAAUGCACUUUCAACCGCUAACCUGUACUUGCAGUCUCAGAAAAGUUUUACCACGCUGGGUUGAACCCAGCGAUCCCGCAGGCGGUCAAGUUGAUGUGAUCUAGCAGUACGAGUUAUUCACUAAAUGUUUUUGCUAUUAUUUCGUGAAAGCGUAGAAAUUGAUGAUAAUGUUUCAUUUUCACAUAUUCCGUGCAAUUUAGUACCCAUCGUCCAGGAGAAUUGUAGUAAUAAGUUCCAAGCUCCCAGAUUGUGCAAUAACUGACAUGAAUUAACCUAAAUUAUGUUUUUAAGUUUUAAAAUUAUGUUUGAACGUUCUGAAAGCGAAAAGAAAUUACUUGUAGCGCUAUAACGAUUGUUCAGUAUUUCUGGGAAGCUAAGGUGUAGUUUAGCGUAAAAUUCCUGUGAAACAGGAUUUAUUUAUUAUCCUUUCUCUCUCUUCUUCUCUAACCGCCUCCCGGUUAGCUCAAUUAGUUAGAGCGCCGGACUGUUGAGCGGAAGGUCGA